AAAUAUGUCCCACAAAAGGCAUAAAUGAGAGGCCAGUCCGGCCAAUGCAAUCCCCUCUCCAAUCCCAGUACCAAAGAUUCUUUUCUCAGACCCUCUAACCUCUACGAAAAAGAUACGCGUAAUCGUGUGAGUCCGACCAAUUGCGGGCUGGCUAACUACUCUUCUUGUAGUUUUUGUACAUUACGUUGCUCAGUAGGUAGCUGGAGCGGUGGCGCUACGUGCCGGUAGCUAGUUAGUACCGGUACGAGAGGAUGGCCAGAUACCCUCGACUUCAUUUUCUUCAUUCGCAACUCGUGCUCACAAUCUGCACCGAAGCAGAGUCCAAGCAAAAAAAGUCUUCACCUUCGCUCUGCGUCUCUAAGGAACACAAUUCAAGGCAACGCAUCCCCAAAGAAAGAUGGAUAUUAUUUUUGAAUCGGGUGUUGAUGUGGACACCCUCCGUUGGAUCGUCAUCUUGAUUCUACCAGGCUUGCUGCUGCUUCCUCUGUGCCGAUUGGCCACUCGCUGGAGCCGAAAGAGAUCGUCCAGCAACUCUCAGGACGAAUCCUUUCGUAUUCAAAAGGCCCCCAACAAAGCGAAAGCAGAGGAAGUCGAUUGGAUCCUGCCCUUUCAGAAACUUGACAAUCUACCCAAAGGUGAAUAUCCACGCAGUGCCAAUGGAGAUGAGAUCAGUGUCAAAAUCCUUCCCCACGAAUCGGUCUACGGCACAAUGCACUUGAGUCUUUCGAGUUACUACAGCCGUGUCUAUCGCCUUCAGCAGUGCACAACUGCGGAUAUUGACACACUGAAGGUUGCACUCAGCCGUGCCCUUGGGUUGUACCCUGUAAUUGCGGGACGUUGCCGACCUGGAAUGGGCCGCAGGAACUGUUCAGUCGUUUUGCCAGUGGAUUGUUUGAUCACAGGAGAGGAAGAGACUAGCAGUGUUUGUUCUAAGACUCUCGGCAGUGAAAGCGACGUUGAAGCUAUCAAGUACGGAGUUCCUUUCCGUGUCUACCAUCUCGAGGACGAGAACGCCACGGACAAGUGCCCCCUUGACAAACCUUUGACUCCCAUGGAUACCGCUACCUACACUGUGUAUGAAGAUCCCCAGCAAGUCAUGAACGGCAAGGCUCCCAUCUGCACCAUUUGCCUCUACCUGUUCCCCGACAAAAGUGCCACCCUCAGCAUCACCGUCUCUCAUGCAGUCAUGGACGGAGUCAGCAUUGCCAACUUUGAACAGGUUUGGGCCGAAGAGUCACGCAAGCUCUUUGAGAUGGAUCCUCCAGAGGGUGAAGCCAAACAAGAUCCCACGGCUUGGGUGCCUCACCAUCAACCCUUGGCGCACGUUCCUCCCGUCAACCGAGAUGCCAUUCCUGGGCCUUUCACGAAGAUGGAAGACUAUCGUGCCGCUCAGAUGGAGUUCUUUGGCAAGGUGGUUGAUGACGGCCCCACCCUGGAUGGCACGAUCUUUCAGCAGUGCCUAGGGUGGUUAUUGAUUGAAUUUCUAUUGCCAUUUCUUCGUUUCUUUGAUGAUUUAAUCUAUCUCUGGGGUUGGCACCCGGAUCAACGUCGAAAUGCUGUCAGCAUCUCGGCUCGCAAGAUCAAGGACUUGAAACAACAACUAGCGCCACCCAAAGAAUCUGGAGACUGGAUUGCCUCUCAGGAUACGAUAGUGGCCAUGUUGGUGCAGAAAUUGGUGGAACAUUUGCAAGAUACCGGCAGAUACCGCAAGAAGAAGCUCCGAGUGGUCCUCUUUCGUGAUGCCCGGCCAUAUGUGGGGAUCAUGCCCAACCACACCUAUGGUCUAGGAGUCCUAAACUGGCCCAUUACGAUUGACAACCCCGCUGACAAGUCCGCUUCGGAGCUAGCCGUGAUAAUUCGAAAAGGGUUGCUGGAUAUGCACAAUGACAAGAAAGCCCUUAGGUUCUGGCGUCUCACUACAACUGUAUUUGAAAAACGUCACUGGGCAUUCUUGCCCUUUGUGCACAAGGGAUUGGAGGCCGAAGAUGAAUGCGAUGGCAGAAUCAUGAUAAACAAUAGCAUGUUUCCAUUGCCAAACUUUGGCGGCGACAUGGGACAAGCCUUGUCAUUGACGACACAAGCUGGACCAUCCAUUAUGUUGCCCCAGGCUGAUGGUGGUUGCAGGCUGUUCAUUGAAAAGGAACUCGAGCACGUACUGACAGAGGCGAAACUGCAGGAAGCCUUUGGCGAGUAGACGAUGCCCAACUUUCCAAGCUGGUUGGGGUGUCCAGUGGUUGAGUUGGACUGAAGCUGGAAGAAACGGGAACUGAAGGUUGAAUCCCUCUGUCAAUUCAGGCCGCCUGCGAUGCAACCAGCGAGAUUCAUAACAGUGCAGUUGCAUCCGUAGUAGAUAGAGCCAAUAAUCUGUGUAGCUUGUUUGUUUUUAAGCG